GGGACAUUUAGGAGCCGGCUCAGCCCCACAGCCUCAGUCUUCUCCUCUGCAGGAUACAGAUCGGCCGCCAUGCUCCUGAGGACUGCCCCCCUGCUGCUGCUGCUGGCCCUGGCCUGCUCCCAGGCUCUGGAAGAGCCCAAAAGCAAAUCGAAGGUGUGCGCCAAUGUGUUCUGUGGAGCGGGCAGAGAAUGUGCUGUGACCGAAAAGGGGGAACCAACCUGCCUGUGCAUCGAGAAAUGUAAGUCUCACAAGAGACCAGUUUGCGGCAGCAAUGGGAAGACUUACCUGAACCACUGCGAGCUUCACCGUGAUGCCUGUCUGACGGGGUCCAAGAUACAGGUGGACUAUGAUGGACACUGCAAAGAAAAGACGUCUGACACGGCCGCCAGCAGCCCAGUCGUGUGUUACCAGUCUGAUCGCGAUGAGCUGCGCAGACGCGUCAUCCAGUGGCUGGAGGCCGAGAUCAUCCCAGACGGCUGGUUCUCCAAGGGCAACAACUACAGCGAGAUCCUGGAAAAAUACUUCAAGAGCUACGACGAUGGGGACUCCCGGCUGGACUCCUCCGAGUUCCUGAAAUUCCUGGAGCAGAACCAGACCGCCAUUAACAUCACCACCUUCAAGGACCAGGAGACCAACAGGAUCCUCAAGGGUCUGUGUGUGGAGGCGCUGAUCGAGCUGUCCGACGAAAAUGCCGACUGGAAACUGAGCUUCAAUGAGUUCCUGAAGUGUCUGAACCCCUCAUUCAGACCCGCAGAGAAAAAGUGCGCCCUUGAAGAUGAGAAUUACGAGGACGGAGCAGAGACACAAGUCCAGUGCAACCGCUGCGUCUGCGCCUGUGGGAACUGGGUGUGCACUGCCAUGUCCUGUGAAGGUGAAGACGACCAGCAUGGAGAUGUGAGCCGAUAUGUGGAUGAGCUGAGGAAGCACCAGGAAACGGCCGUGAAAGCCAAGUCUGUGAGCAGCAAGGACAUCUAAGGAGGAGAAGCGGACCCCCGCCGCUCGGCCCGCGCGCCGCCAUCGGACGGGCAGGAGAUUCUCUUCUUAUCUUUUAUCAGUGAGAAACAAUCAACCAUAUGUAGGGCAUAGGUGCAAAGAAUAAGCAAGGGGGCGGGGCUUAUGAGUGUAACCGCGACCCUGACCCCCGCCAAAAACUCUCCCGAUACAUCACGACCGUCUCCUUCCCUGAGGUAGCGGGUAAUAAGGCGCCCGGCGGCCAUGACUCCAGUACUGAGUGCCUUAUCGCCUCCUCCCUUUUACUCCUACAGUAAUACGCGAGGUUGCAGGAGGCGUGUCCAUGGGCGGAGUCUAUAGAUGGUGGGUGUCCGGGCGGUAUGUGCUUUGGGUACAGACCGGCCGCUUUGGAGCCCUUUGAUUGUUCCGUUUUGCCAAAGACCAGAAUAUUUUACGAUGAGCGUUCCAGCACCCGGUUAACCCCUUCCUCCACAUUUCAUAGUUUCAUCCCCCCAUUGGACUCUCCCUUUAAGGUGCUAUGAUUUCGGGCCCCGGGGCCACACUGUAUUUUAUGUUGUGUGUUAUAUUUAGGUGUGAUAUUGUAGACGUAGCGGCACAAGCUCUCCCUGUAUCACUCUGCGCUUUGGGCGUCACGCGGCUCGGCUUCUGGCAUAGUCCAGUCAUUAUACCCACGCCUGGCAGGGGAGGGCGCUAUAAUCCGUGAUGCUGGGGUGGUGGGGGCUCCAUCUUCCUGUAUGUCCCUGGGAGUGAGCAGCCACCAGACAUGGUUCUCCUUUUAGGUGCCCCCCCGCCCCUCCCCUAUGGCACCCCCUUAUGACCAGUGCACACAUAUAUAGAUAAUAUUGUAUUACCACCCGCCGCACCGUUUGCCGAGCGCUGCCCAAUCCUGCGUAUUCUGCACCCAUAACGUGUUUUAUAUCAGUAUUUUUUUAUUCUGUAACAACCAAAUAAAAAACAAAAAAGAUC